GUUUUUUCUCACGCAAGUUUCGGUGGCAUUUCGGCAUCAAAGUACGUAGCUACAGUACGGAGAAUGUUUCGAUGGGGAUCUGGUGGCAUGAUCGCCAAGAGCGCGAGCGAAGUCGAAGAUGACCGUCUCCUGGACCAGCUGCAAGAGGGCUUUAAUGCCCAGAAUCGAAAGAAGCGACAGGAGAUGCAGCACGCGGCGCAGUCCUGCGCCCACUGCGACGACUCGCUGGCGACCAUCCCGUGUGUGGAUCAGUGCGGCGAUACGUUCUACUGUUCGAAUGACUGCGUUCUGCGGGAUGCACGGCGCCACCGAGCCAUGUGUUUGAGCAUACGCCUUAGUUUAUGCGAGGACGACAAGGACGACCCUGGUGACGACGACCUUGGUGGUUAUGGUGAAGACAAUCCAAUCGACACCGACGAAGUCGUGGACACGUCGUAUCCCAAGCAAGGCGAGGCAGACUCGACCUUUGUGGACAAUUUCAACCUGUUGUCCGUGCAACGCAACUUGCAACGAGUCGAGUCCAUCGAAGUGGCGUGUCCCCAAUGCAAUGUACGAUAUGUACAUAUCUCCCAUCCAACCAUCCUCCCAUCUAUACGAUGAUGCUGGCGCCAGGAAGCCGCCGUGAUUCCGUCCAAAGUCCUGCGUCGGGAAGAUUCCAAGCAAAAGGUCUCCACGACAUGCAUAUGCGGCGAGGUGGUUGGGUUUUGGCUCUAACGUUAAUGGAUAUUGUCAAUUUUACAUGUUAUUGCCCAUGUUGAAUCCUCUUGCUAUUCUCUGCGAUAACGUUAUCUUGGAGACGGUAUAUAUCAGUACAGACCCAAUCAAUCACACCCCAAAAUGGUAUUCACCACAUACACAUACCCAAUCAAUACUAUUCGACGUGCACUGAUGGAGGCGGUGGGUGGUGGGUGGUGGUCGAUGGUGUUUCGACGACGGCCGCUGCUGCUCUAGGCGGCGGGGGUGGCGACCUCCAGAACCAAGAUACCCACGUGGGGGUAAGCACGUACAUGAGCGUCUUCCACAGCGCCUCGCCGCUCUGCGUCUGCACAGUCUCGUCGCGCACGACGCCGCCGAUGAACUCUUUGGCGUGGUCCUGGACGUCCGGGUUGCUCAUGAGGUUGUGCACGGACGCGGUCAUGGUGGUCGCGACGCCUCGCUGCACGGGGGGCUGCACAAACGUCCACGCCAUGAGCGCCGUGAGUCGCGCCCGCGUCGGCUCGUCCUUCAUGAGUUGGUCCAGCAGCAGAAUCACGUUGGCGCGCGUUGUGGGGUCUACGAUCGCCGCCUUGAUCAGGUCCACGAACUGGCGAAGUGUCGUGGGGUCCUACCACCAAAGCAAAGUGAAUAGGUUUAUUGGGGGUAGUGUGAAG